AUGUCCAGCUCGUCGUCGAACCAGUCCGGACAUGCGCCCGCCUUAGCAUCCUCCAGUCGCGGUCCGCUGACCCCCUCCCCCGGCGCCGACGACUUCUCCGACGAUGGCCUCGAUAUCGGGAAUGAAGAGUUGUUGGCCGAUGAUCCACUGCAUGAUGGAGGAUUGAAUGAAUCCACCUCCUUCAACCGCCAACCCACCUCCCCCUCCCAAUCCUUCGCCUCCCGCUUCCUCACCUCCCCCUUCCAACCCCACCGCCGGGGCUCACCCUCCCCCUCUCGAUCUCCCGCCAGCCUCUUCCGCGCCGCUACACCCAACACCAUCCUCUCCUACCUCAACACCCCCGCCGACCCCAGCGCCGGCCUCCAAGACGCCAAAGACGGCAGCCAUUUGGACUGGUACGUCGAGGGCCCCGGCCGGCGCGUCGGCUAUGAUAACCUGACCGCCAUUGACUGGAUCUACGAGUACAGCAAAGAGCGCACACGGCUACGGCAGCUCACGACUAACAACCCGGGCGUGCUGGGGCAGGUGAAAGUUUUCGCGGAUAGCAGUCAGAUAUGGUGGAUCCUUGUCGCGACGGGGGUGGCGGUGGGAGGUAUUGCGGCGGGGAUUGAUGUGGCGAGUGAUUGGUUGGGUGAUAUAAAGACGGGGGUGUGCAGUAAUGUGCAGGAUGGGGGGAAGUUCUACUUGAACAGGGCGUUUUGUUGUUGGGAGACGAACACGUUUGCGGUGUGUCGGGAUUGGAGGACAUGGGCGGAUGCCAUGGGCAUAGGGAGUGCGUUUGGGAGUUUUGUGGUGGAGUAUUUGUUGUUCACAUGUUUCUCGGUCCUCUUCGCCUCUUGUGCGAGCCUGCUGGUUAUCAAGUACUCGCCCUACGCAAAACAGAGCGGAAUCCCCGAAAUCAAAACUGUCCUGGGAGGUUUCGUGAUCCGCCACUUCUUGGGUGCCUGGACUCUGGUUAUCAAAUCGCUAGGACUAUGCCUGGCUGUCGCUUCUGGAAUGUGGCUCGGCAAAGAGGGACCGCUCGUACACGUAGCAUGCUGCUGCGCCAACGUCUUCAUGAAGCUCUUCGAUGGAAUCAAUGGCAACGAGGCCCGCAAGCGCGAGACCCUCUCAGCAGCCGCCGCCAGCGGUAUAUCUGUCGCCUUUGGCGCUCCCAUCGGCGGUGUGUUGUUCAGCUUGGAGCAGCUGAGUUACUACUUCCCGGACAAAACCAUGUGGGCAGCUUUCGUCUGCGCAAUGGUCGCGGCAGUAACACUACACGCUUCCGACCCGUUCAGAACCGGCAAGCUCGUCCUCUUCCAGGUCGCCUACCGCAGCGGAUGGCAUGCCUUCGAGCUCGUGCCCUUCGCCGUUAUUGGCAUUAUCGGAGGUCUCUACGGCGCCAUGUUCAUCAAACUCAAUAUGAAGGUCGCCGCUUGGCGCAGCUCAAAAAGCAAUCCCUUCCUCAACCGCCCACUUCUCGAAGUCGCAGCCGUCGCGCUCCUCACAGCUCUCAUCAGCUUCCCGAUCACUUUCCUCCGCGCUCAAUCAAGCGAGCUGGUCGAGUACUUGUUCGCUGAAUGUCGGGACCUGGAAGACGACUACCUCGGCCUCUGCAAAGCUGGUAUUGCAAACACCGGCGUCAUCUUUAUUCUCCUCAUCUCCGCCUUCAUUGGCUUCUGCCUCGCAGUCAUAACCUUUGGUCUGCAGAUCCCAGCUGGUAUCCUUCUCCCUUCAAUGGCAGUCGGCGCACUCUACGGCCGCGUCGUCGGGCUCGUGAUGGAAGUCUGGCAGCAGAACCACCCGGACUUCAUCGUCUUCCGCGCCUGCGCCAUUGAACCAGACAUACCUUGCGUCACGCCAGGAACCUACGCGGUCAUUGGCGCAGCCUCCGCUCUGGCAGGCGCCACACGCAUGACGGUCUCGAUCGUGGUCAUCAUGUUCGAGCUCACCGGCGCUCUAACCUACGUCCUUCCAAUCAUGGUGGCCGUGAUGCUGAGCAAAUGGGUUGGCGACGCGUUUGGCAAACGCGGCAUUUACGAGUCUUGGAUUCAUUUUCAAGGCUACCCGUUCCUGGAUAACAAAGACGAUGCCCCCGUUCCUGAUGUGCCUGUUGCAGGAAUCAUGACACGCUUCGAAGAUCUGGUCUGCAUAUCCUCUACCGGACACACAAUCUCCACCCUCCAAGACCUGCUUCGCGAGCACCGCUUCCGCGGCUUCCCAGUCAUCUCCGCAACCCACGAAGCUACACUCCUAGGCUACAUCUCCCGCACGGAGCUGCUCUUCGCUCUCGACUCCGCUACCUCUAACACCCGCAACCUCCCCGCAGAAACGCGAUGCUUCUUCCAACAUACGCCCCUCGCCGACCCCAGCGUCACCCUCGACCUCCGCCCCUGGAUGGACCAGACCCCUAUCUCGCUGUCCGCGCGCUCGAAUCUCCAGAUCACGAACGAUAUGUUCCAGAAACUCGGGCUACGGUAUAUUUUGUUCGUAGAUCGAGGCGUAUUGGCGGGUUUGAUGACGAAGAAGGAUUUAUGGCUUGUGUUGAACGAGGGUGAGGAUGGGAAGGUGGGUAGAGGGACAGGGGUUCUGCGGGAGGAGGGCGAGGGCAGGGAGGACGAGGCGGGGUUGUUGGGUGGGCAUAGGAGGGGCCUGAGUUUGGGGGAGAGUGUGGGGAGUAGAGACGGGGAGGGGUAG